AUGGAGGAUGGUGGGAGAGCCCACAGUGCCAUUGUUGGCUGGGCCUGCACGACCCUGUGCUUGGUGUCCUGCGUGGCCGCCUUCUCGCAGGGUGCCAGCCGUUCUGCCUGCAGCGACAUGAUGCCCAGGCACCUGAGGGUGCAGCUGCACAGCUCCAACAGCAACUACGUCACUGUCCACACCAACAUGUCCUUCUUCUUCCCGGGAGACAAGGUGCCAGUGACAGUAAGAAGCACCCGGGAUUACAUGGGCUUUAUGCUGCAAGCUCGCAGAGUGUCCAACAACGAAAUCGCUGGCACGUUCAUCUUCCUGCCUCCUGGUUCCAAGCUGCUGAAUUGUUUUGAAGAUGGUGACACUGUCACACACUCGGACAAGUCACUGAAGAGAAACCUGUCCUUCGUAUGGAAAGCACCAGACCAACCCAUUGGAGACAUCAAGUUUUUCAUCUCCAUAGUCCAGUCAUACUUUGUUUACUGGGCAAAGAUUGAAUCUGCUGUUGUGGCUCAGGGAGGGCAAAACAAGACUCUUGCUGACAAGAAGCCUGAGGCUGCAGCCCCCAUGCCCCUGCAGGGACCAGCUGACCCUCACCCCACAGCACCAGAGCCGGGUUUUGGUGUGGGGUCGGAGACUCAUCCCAUUGCCGAGCCAAAGCAGCCGGGCCGGACUUUGCGGGCUGUGCCCGGCAGGAGUAUCCGGUCCGGAGGCCAGGGGCUGGAGCCGUCCCUUCCCACCCAAGAUGUUGGAAUGGUGGAUGCCUUGCAAGGUUCCCUCUCCCAGGACAAUGCCUCCAGCUACAGCACCUCCAAUGGAAGCAUUGCCAGUCCUGCCACCCUACACUUGUGUUUGAUGUGUACAGGCAACAGGAAGGGCAGCACUGAGAGUGGGACCACCUUGAAAGCCUCCCUACGUGUGACAGCGUCUCCCUCUGCCCGGCAUGUACGCACGCACCUGGGCAGCAUUGCUGCAACCACAGCCUGGCCUGGUGAUGCCAGCACUGCUGGCAAUUUGUCCUCGGCCUCAAGGCAAAUGGCAGGAAGAGAGUUGGCACCGCAGCCAGAGAGGGCAGGCACCAGGGCCGAGGAGGACAAGGAUGAGCAGGAGGCAGCUGGGAAUACCCUGCCAUGGGUGACCAGGCCUGCUCCCGAAUCUGCUGUUCCUGGAAUAGGGGAAGGCCCUGGCAGAGGAAGCCGACUCCUUGCAGCCCAGCUUGGCCUCCUGCUGCUCUGCACGGCCGCGCUGGGGCUGGCGCUGGCGGCUGCCGUGCGCUGUGUGUGUGCCCAGCAGUGCCACAAGCGCGCCGAGGUGACCUUCAGCGAGCCCGAGCCCGACGUCAUCACCGUCACGGAACACGGGGCCGUGAUGCGCUUCCGAAGGACGCGGGACAACGGCCUCGUGCUGCUGCCAGCCCCGUGCAACUGGGUCAGCCCCUCGAGCAGCACGAGCAGGACCGUGCUGCUUUAG